GCUUGACCGCAGAUCUCUUGAAGCCGUUCCUUCAAUAAGGUAGGGCCGGUAGGGUAUGGACUUGGGAUCCAGCACAGCGCAAUGACGGAGAUUGAGACACACUUGGCAAAGUCGUGCCGUAUUGGUGUUGAGAACGAAGUUAGUAUUGAUGGCGACCUCGGGCAUUUGGGUCAUGACCCCCAGCUGGCCAACAAGAUCUUGAAAAAACGCCGUGAUGAAAUGGCUCGCAGAAUGCGUUUGCUUGACCCCAGGCAGCGCGUUGGAGGAGUCCCUCAUGAGGUGAUCAAGACACAGAUGGCUGUAAAGCAAGCUGCUAUAGACGCUGAGCAGGCCGAAGAUGCCUUUUAUGCUCAAAGCGCCGAGUUGCAGGACCAAAUUUUGCAAGCGGUUGAAAGCAUGAAAGCCACUCGUGCGAGAGAGCGCCAAAUGGAAGUUGUGGACUACUCACUCGCGAAUUUGCGAAAGGAGCAACGUCGUGAGUAUGAACUCAGUGAUCCUGAUGCCCUCAAAAAGUAUGUUUUGCCUGAUCCGGAUGAUCCAGCCAAUCCAUUGGGCCCCAGCUCUAUGCUGAAGUUCUCAAGUGAAGGCAAGCAAAACCCGGAACUCAAGCGACAAGGCCGAGAAGCAAUGGCGAGUUGGCUUGCGGCGCAAGUGCAAGAGAAGCAGGAUAGAGAAGCGCAUGAGAAAGGAUUGGACCGCAUGCAUGAUGAUCGGGCCAUGUUGGCUGCACAUGUUCGCGGUGUUUGUGAAGACAACGAGAUUAAGGAGCAGCAGGAUGCAAAGUGUGAAGAAGCUGCUGAGAACGUGCGUUUGGCACAGUUGGCCCUCGAGCGGAAGAAGGCCAAGAAGGCUGCAGAUGAUGCCUGGAAGCAGCGGCACAUUGAUUCAGUUGUGAACUCGGAGAGGAUGACAGAGUCAUGCGAUUCAAAAGUGGGCAUCACGGGAAGGUUCCUGAAGGCGGAAUACAAGAGACUAUCCUUGGAAGAGGAGCAGGAUGUGUACAAUUCCAAUGCGAGACAGCUCAUCAAUAAAUGGUCGACCAAGCAAGCUCUAAAGGAAGAAGAGGCUGCUGAAGCCGCCAGAAUCAACUGCUCGGUUGCAGUUCUGGCAGCUCUUGAAGAAGAGCGUGCUAGACAGCAGCAGGAGCGACGAAUGAGGAUCAUUGAAGAGAACAAGAAGCUUGCUGCUGCGAAGAGGGAAGCAGACAAAGACGAGAGAAAAGAGUACUUCAAGUAUGACCCGUGAGCAGAGCAACCUUUGCAUGGCCAAACAUGGACUUCGGGCUUUCUUAGCGUCUGAUGCUGCCCGAUAAAACAGAGUUGGUUGCGGUUUCACGAGACAAGCUCUCCAACUGCUCGCAAAUGUGAGCGGGAAGAUGUAUAUGGCUUCGUUGCCGUGAAACCGGUCCUGAAAGUUGUGUUGUGGC